AUGUUGGCUGUUUUUGGGAAGAUGAUUGCUAACCCACCUGUGGAGUUGAGCCUUCCUUUCAAAGGAAGUGGAGACCUGAAAACAAGAGAAGAGAUUGCUUCUAUUUUCGGGUUGGACCAGCCUGACUCGACUUGGUACAAGUUUUGUAAUGGGGAUUUCAUGGCUUUGUCUAAUCAGGAUGAGUAUGCAACAUGUCCAAGGUCAGUUGUUAUAGAUAACAUAUUUUGCAUCUUCAACGGCUAUCUACGCAACACAUGUGACCUACGUCGAAGGUAUGGGCUCUCAAGACAAGCAACAGAAGCCAUGGUUGUUGUCGAAGCUUAUAAAGUCUUAAGGGAUCGAGCACCUUAUCCUGCUGAUCAAGUAAUUAAAGAGCUUGAUGGGAAGUUUUCUUUCGUCCUCUAUGAUGCUAAAGCGGCAAAACUCUUUCUAGCUCGGGACCGUGAUGGAUCUGCACAACUUCACUGGGGAGUGUUGGCUGAUGGGAGUUUAGUAUGUUCUGACGACCCCAAAAUAGUGAGGAAAGGUUGUGGAGAUCGAUAUACACCUUUUCCUCCAGGCUGUUUGUUCAAGAGUGAAGAAGGGUUGAUCAGUUUUGAUCACCCACUUAACAAAGUACGAGGGGUUGUGAGAGAGGAUGAUGAAGGAUUCAGCACCGCUGUGAUUUUCCAGGUGGAUCUGUUCACUAGACUCUAUAGCAUACCACGUAGCGGUAGCGAUGCAAACUGGUCAGGCAUCACUGUUGUCGAAGGUGAAAACUAGUCUAGGUGCGGAAAUAUUAAAACUAGUUCUUGUCUGUUC